GCAACCUCUUUUUUUUUUCUUUUAAAAAAAAAAGGCAAAACCACCAGCACGGCCGGAAAAUAAAAUCUUUGGAUUAUAUUCAUCUGAUGGUUUUUCAACUCCAACUCGAUGCAUAGAAAUGGGUAAACUGCACUCGAAACAUGCCGCUAUUUGUAAACCGAGGGAGAGUCCCGAAGGGGACAGCUUCGUGGUGAACGCCUGCUUGGCCAGGAAGGGCAUCGACGACUGGCUCGUGAAGCAGAAAUACUACUGCACGAGCUCCCGUCUGGAGCAACAGGACUGUCACCACAAGAAUAACUGCGGUCUGACCACACGGGACUCCAUGGAUGAAGCAUGUGCUGAGAGGAUUGGUGACGAACACUAUCGUUUAGAAGUGGCUUUACCCCCGGAGAAGACAGACAGCUGCUGUGUGGAGGAGAAGAUGCAGGAGAGGGGCAGCCAAUCUCCCGCAGGGCCACAGAAACAGCUCCAGUUUGAAGAGUUGGAGUGUGCUGUGUCUGUGGAGGAGGAUAACCGGCAGGAGUGGACCUUCACCCUCUAUGACUUUGACAACAACGGCAAAGUUACCAGAGAGGACAUCACCAGCCUGCUCCACACCAUCUACGAGGUUGUAGACGCCUCCGUCAACCAUUCUCCCGGCAGCAGCAAGACGUUGCGGGUCAAACUCUCUGUGGCUCCUGACUCCAGCCAGCGGUGGAGGAGUUGUACACAGGGUGCGGCAGACUUGCCCCACCCCAGAGAGAAAAAUGACAAGUGCAUCGAAGACCCCAAGAGUGCAGACAAGAAGUCUCGAGCACUCCUAAGGCGCCACCACAGUGACCACCACACCCAGCCUGGCUGCCAGCGCCACUGUGUGGAUGAGAACCUGGAACGCAGGAACCACUACUUGGACCUGGCAGGCAUUGAAAACUACACGUCCCGCUUCGGAGCCGCACCUGCUGCAGAGCCAACGAAAGCAGAGCCUCAGACCCGGUCGUCCAACCAGACUCGUUCUCGCUCCCAUGAACCAGAAAAUGGCCACUCCCAUUCCCACCACCGCCGGCUGCAGACUGUUGUGGACACUGUUGCUCCAGACAGCCUCCAUCCCGCCCGGCCGCGAGGCCAAGACUCAGGGAAACAUGCCCUCCGUUCUCCGAAGACCCACAGCCGCACACCUCCUGCACAGAUCAGUGGCAGGGUGAUGAGGAGCCGAGGGGUCCCCCCUCCUCCGGCCCUAGUUAGCCAGACCCCUCCUCAUCAGUCCGCAGCCCCCUACCGCAAACACAAACAGCGGUCCAAGGAGAGCCAGGCCUACCGGGCUUUAGGCUCUCUGGCAGCUCAAGGACCAGUGGUGGAGAAAGAACAGGUGAGAGACCUGCCCAGCGUGUUGCUCUAUGACGGGGGGCUGGCCCAAGUGGUGCAACGGCAUGAACAUCACCAUCACCAUGAACAUCAUCACCACUACCACCACUUUUACCAGUCCUGAAUUUCCACCCUGCCUGGGACAGCUCAGCACUUCUGCAGCCCCACAGAGCCCAACCAGGCCAGCAGACACUGACUGCUGGGAGCUUCCUCCUCUCAACACUGUUCCGUCAGCCCUGCUAUGGCAUUGUAGUGGACACAGGACAUGGGAAGGAGAGGGGGAUCAUGGAAAGGGCUUCCCAGUGCUGAGAUGUUAUUAAUCAGUGUUAUGAAGAGGUUGUUCACACAUACAGAAGUUCAGGUAUGCAGCAGGACAGUGAUUCAGGGCCAUGAGGAUCACGGUGGGGUUCGAGAGGAGGCACAGUGGGACCGUUUUAAUAAAUAACUCAGAUGUUCCUCUCCCCCGGCACAGUGAUCCUCCACCUGAUGAACUAUACGUCUCCAAACCAGCACCAUAGCCCUUCCAGACCACUAAGCCAAAAGGUUUUUAAGGAGAAGGAGGGACAAGAGGAAGAAAGACUGUGAUGUAAAGAUGAACAUAUAUGAAGGAACUUGGUGAUAGGAGAGCAGGGCGUAGUGUGUGUGUAUGUGUGUGUGUGUGUAAAACAUUGUGUGAAUGUGUGAGCGUAGCAAACGUUGAGUGAGCGUGUGUGUCUGAGUGUCACGACACUGGUGUCUGUAGAAAACCACUCAAAGUGCGCUCAUGGGUGCAUGAGUAUUUAAAGCAGGCUGUCAAGCGGGUUUUUGAAGAUGAAAACGAAGAUUCUGAUUUAAGCACGCAAUACCCCCUGAGCAAAAAUGGGAAGGAAAAUGUUGAAAUGUAAAGUUAAAAAAAAAAGAAGGAGACAGAUCCCAAAUCCGCUGCUACCUCUAAUUUUAUCCUAAUUGUUGUUGUAAUGGUGAUUUUGAAUAAGCGUUCAGAGGUUAUUUUCAAAUUACUUCAAAACUUUUUUGAAAGAAGAGAAGUCAUGUCACAAUCUGCAGUACUGAAAUGUCGAAAAGCUCCUUACAUUUAUUAACUAACAUUUGCUGUACAUAAGGUAUAUAUUGUUAUCAAUUUUAUAAGCUUUAUUGAUAAUGUGAUAUCUUUGUAUUCACUCUCUGAAGAAGCUGUUUAUGUUUGUUUUCCUUCACAACUGCAUUGUUAUUAAGACCACUAGGAGCCUCAUUUUUGCUACAAUACGUACAACUCGUCUCACACUCCCUCAGCCUCCGUUUUUCACCCAACUGUGACCUUGUAAUUAUGGCUGAACGACUAAAAUCCCAACUCUCAACAGUGCUGUUCAGUAGCUCGUCCUCACUUUACAAGACAACAUCGCUUCAACAGUUAAUUUCUUUUUUCCGACGGCGGCUUCCAAUAUAAAGCUCCUGUUGUGUUCCUGAAUCCCGGCAGUGUUUGCACCAAGAGCUGUUUUUUUUUUUUUUUCAUUUGAAUGUCCAAACUGUCAGCAGUUGAAUCACAUUGUGUCAGUCCCAUGAUACCGCUAAAAACAAAACUGAGAUGGUGUGAUGUCGAGAUCAGAGCAGCAGAGUUCACAAGUUCUGGCUCAGCUCUUUUGGCAUAUUUGCAUAAAUUGAAACCUUGUCAUAUUUGGCCAGCUAGAGGUUGGUGUAUUCAUCAGUAUAGAGUUUGGCCUUUAAGGAGACUUUUAUUUAUGCAGGGAAACGUUAUGCUGACCACGCAUGUCGUUUUUCAGCUGCACCCUUUUUCAUGCUUGAAGCAGCAACUCGUGUUCACACCUAGUUGUUGUCCUGCAGCUUGGUUUUCUGUAUGGAUUUUUGCAUUUGGACUUUCAGGCCUUCCACUAACUGGUAGCAGCUUUUGUCGUCCUGCCCCGGGGUCACACUCCUGCUCCCUCUGUUUCCAUGGCAUCUUCCUGUCCCCCAGCUGUCAGCAGGUCUUUCACCGUGCCGCCAUGUGGCCUGAGCGCUCAGCCAACAAGGCUCUGUUUGUGGUGCGGCGGGGCGAGGGCUCUUUCAGCUGUCUCAUUCCUCUGGUGCUGGAUAACACUGGGCCCGGCCCACAGUCUCCACUGCACCCAUAACUCACUGCUGCUGCCCUGCCAGCACCCGGGGCUGUCUGUGAUGUCCUGUAGGUGUUGCCAUCUACCUGCAGAUGAUGAUGGCUCCAGCUCUUACCUAUGUCACACCUGAACUGACGAGCGCAGUGAGCUAAAAGCUGUGACAGUAAUAAUAGCCUUUAUUCCCGGCCUUAUUUUCAGCCGUUUCCAGAGUCGUGCAGAUAAACAGCAUGCCCUUGUGCAGCUAAAAAGUCUUCUAUGAGGGCUUAAGUGUCCUGCUCAAGGGCAGUCCGUGCAAAGGAAGUGAGCUGUCAACACGUGGUUUGUGAGAACCAGACCCCAGGGCCAGCAAUUGUUCAAACUACUUCCACUUUGUUUGAUUGUGUUAGUCUGCCAUGAGUGUGUGUGUGUGUGUUUGUGAUGAGCAGGAAUGCAGCGUAUGCCAGUCUCUUCCUCGGGACUGCGGUGUCCUCUCACAGCUGCAGGCCAUCCUUAACCAGAGGCACCAGUCAGACGGUCAUUUCGUGGGACCUGCUGGUGAAAACGGCCUCAUUCCCAGACGGGGGUCACAGCUGCGCUCCAUACCUCAGCUUCCUCACCUCACACUGCUUUUCCUGGACAACAAGUCCUUGCUCCUGAAGCCCCACUAACACUGUACCUCCUUUGUCAGUGCUUUCACCUCACUCGAAACACUGUCGAUACCGGUCUCCAAAUGCAAGCAGUGUGAAAAUGGCCGCGUUGUUGCGCUAACGGACGGCAAGCAGGCGACUGCACGUCCUGCAGGGUGGUCUGAUUCGACACGGCUUCUGAAGGAAUUUGCGUGAGUCAGACCCACAGCCAGGUUGCCAUUUUUUAAAUUUCUUGUACCCAGAGAGAGUUUCACUGACACACACUGAAGUCUCUUAUGAUAUGUUUUAAGCGCCCUGCUUCACCUGAAGUCACACGAGAAAUCUCAAAGGUUCUCGAUCGGUUCUUGGACAGCAUUUGUUAAGGGUUGGGAAAGCAGUUCUUUUUUCUGUUUUAGACUUUCUUAGAAGGGGAAAACCUCAUUUAAAAAAAAAACCCUGUGUUCUCAAAACCUCAUGCUUUAACCUGGCGCUGUCGCUCUCCUCCUCCGGUCAUUCAUCCUACCAUGGCAAUAGAUCUAUAUUUUGUGAGCAAGUGAAGUCAUCAUCAGGUGUUGGUUGUUUUUGUUUUGUGCCCAACUCAACCACCACCCCUCUGAAUCCACCAGAAUUUAUUUUUCUAUUAUUUUUGUUUGGCAGGUUAUUGCUUGAGCGUGGGUGUAACGUUUUAUUUUAAAUUAUGAACGCCUCUUUUCAGAACUAACAUUUUCGAAUCGUGUCACGCAAACUGCUUUCAAUGCACCAUCCUCUGUCCUGUUGUUUUAGGAUUCCCAGUAGUCACAGUCACUCCUCCAUGCUAAUACAGUAUCUAAUGCACCACUAAUUUGCUUCCUAAGAUCCAUGUAUCAACAUUUUUUUUUUUGUUUUAAAUCUGGUGUAUAUAGUGGACUGCUGAGAGGUUAAACCAGCAUCAUGUAGAAAGAAUAUAAGGCUUAUUUAUGUUGAAAUAACUCUCCAAACUAUCUCACUUGCCUACUAUCAGCUAGUAUCCGCCACGCCAAUCCCACUUAGCAGGGAGGAAUAAUAAUCUGUCUCUCCACACAAACAGACACACUUUCACUUGGUGUUUGUUGUGAACUUGUUUAGCCCUAGUUGCCCCCCCCCCACCCCCCGAUGUUUUUUUUUCAUGCCUUUGUUUAGUUUAUAUUAGAUUGUAUUUGAUUAAUUGCUUUAUUUAUUUGAUAGCAGAUCUGUGCCAAGGGAAAUACCCUUUUAUUAAAGUAUGAACCUGUUCCUUAUAAA